AUGCUUGGAGGCAGCACGAUCAACCGCGUCGCUAACUCGUCAGAAUCCCCCUAUCGCUCUUCGUCCGUGCCUCCAACAAUAGCUCAACAACAACAUCACCACCACCACCCAUCCGCUAGCACCCUUAGCUCUAGAGAGGCCUCUACUCCCACCUCUUCAGCCAUUACGCCUUCCGCCCCUUCUUCGGUUGCGUCGCAUACACCUCCUUACCCGACUUCGACAGCAUCGUUGCAUGAUGUACCAGCAUACAUCCAAUCUCAACAUCAUCAUCAGCCAGUCAAUACCCAUUACCCCUCCGAAGCUUCGUACACGAUGACCCCGGGAUCUUCUCGAGAGGUCGGCGGUGCUGAUCCGACGAUGGCAGCAGCAAGCUCGCGAUAUUAUCCGUCAGAGUUUCAGACCUCUACCAGUCACCCAGCUCAGAUGCACAUGUCUGGAGCGUCGAACAUACCAUCUCCAUCGUCGCCACAACUACAUCCAACACACCCAUCAACGAGAUCAUUGGGGGGGUCAGAGGCCACCUCACCCAGCCGUAUCAAAGUCCGCUCCUUAUCUCAUAUCCAGAGUUUUGCCAGCGAGGAAUUCCUAGAGCAAUCCCAACAGUCCAGACGGCCUGGCCGGGGGCCGGCUGAGCUCGGUCGCCAGUACGAAAUCAGUUCAAUGCCGGUGACAGACAUCAUUGAGAUGGUUGCAGGCUUGUUGACCAAGAUCACGGCAACAAAUGACAUGCAGCAUGAGCAGAUUCAUCGCCACAUCCCCCCUCCGGACGGCACAGCCAAUCUUAGUGCGCAAGCCAGCAGCGUGCUUGCGUUUCAUGGUAAAAACGUGCCCUCAAUCACAAUCCUCAACUACCUCGCGCGUAUUCAUAAAUACUGCCCUACCACAUAUGAAGUGUUUCUCAGUUUAUUAGUCUAUUUUGAUCGGAUGACGGAGAUGGUGAACAGCAGACCCAUCAUCCAUCGAAGCCGAAAUAGACUAGACUCGGCUUCCACUCGGUCUCUAGAGGUGCGGUCUCGUUCCACGUCUGCAGCGACGCAUGGGACUUCAUUCAGCGGCCAUCCAGCUGUUGUCACCCCCCCGUCUUCGAGCGGAAUCGUAGCCCAAGAUCUGAAGUCUUCGGAAGCUUCCAUACCGUCCUCGUUGCAGCUAGAUGACGACGAGGACGAGGAGUUCGCCAACUUCUUCGUUGUCGAUAGUUUUAAUAUCCACCGGCUAGUUAUCGCUGGGGUCACAUGUGCCAGUAAAUUCUUCUCAGAUGUUUUUUAUACUAAUUCGCGUUAUGCAAAGGUUGGCGGACUUCCUCUUGUCGAACUGAACCAUCUUGAACUCCAAUUUCUCUUGCUCAACGACUUCCGACUAGCAGUACCUGUGGAGGAGCUGGAGGCGUAUGGCACCAUGCUUGUGGAAUUCUAUGCCCGCGAGGUAAUCGCUCAGCAACAGCAAGCAGUUUUAGCCAAUAUCCCUAGCUCCAUAGACUAUGGAAGUCGAGAGCAACAGCGCCAUCAUCAUCACCAGCAUCAUCAUCAUCGCCGCGAUGGAUCCGAGUACGGUCAAACACCAACGCCUCCUCGGACGUAG